AUGGCUCUUUACAUGGAGUCCGACCUAGAGGAGACGCUGUCUCUCAUGGAAGAGGUUUCGCUGGAUCAGCCAUCGCGGCCCACCCUUUCCACGCAUCCCGUUGCGUUCCGCAAUCUCCCUCCCGAGCUUCGCGAUCAGAUCUACAAGGAAGUCUUGAUCCACAAGGAACCGAUCAUUGUUGAGAAGGGCGACACACAGCGUCAACCGGUUACCGUGGGCCUCCUCCGCGCAAACAAGACCAUACACGCUGAAGCCAGUCCGAUCCUCUACGGCCAGAACUGGUUCGACCUCACAGACAUGGAGGCGGACCCGAUCAUCCGCUUCUUCCGACAGAUCGGCAGGCGGAACGCUGCCUACCUUCGCAAGAUGCUCAUCGACUUCCUUGAUAUCGACAUCACCGGCCCUCUCGAGUUCACCAUCAUCGAUGGUAGUGUCAGGGUCAUGGCCGCCAUCCAACACCACUGCGUCAAUCUGGUCUCUCUCACGGUGUCUCUGCUGAACUGGCAGGGCAUGGACAAGAUAGAUGUGCGGCCCUACAUCUUGUGUGGCGCGUGGCUCUUCGAGAGCGCCCUCAAGCUGCUUGCCAAUCAGAUGAGAACCAUCCCAACUCUGCGAACGAUGAAGGCUGUCGUGUACGACCGUCAUCUCGAGCAUGUCGAGCGCAUCUUGGCGAGACAUGGGUUCCUUCUGUCUACAAUCAGGUGGCCUCGAGGCAUGCACAGGAAUAUUGCUGAUGACGCGCAGCCGUUCCGUACCGCCAGACAGAUCUCGUGGCAUGAGGAUUUGGUUUUUCCACAGUUCCCUUGA